AUGGGAGUUUGGUUGCCAGUAGCAUUUACUUCGAAUCUAGUGUCUAAUCUUGGACGUAUCAAGAAUAAUGGUAAAAUUUUAAGCAUAUAUCUCUACGUUAAUUAUAUUAAUGGCAUCGAACAUGAUAAUCAGGCUAUUAAUUUGGAAAGAAUAACUCCUAAAGAGAAUGCUGAACGGUGGCAUUAUGAAGAUUAUAUAAAACAGAAUUCAAAUGAAGAAUGGAGAGAAAUUAUCGAUGCAGGAUAUACCGUGUUCACCGCUUGGUGGAGAUUUAAAGUUCAUGCUGAGAGUAUCGUUGGUAAUAUAUGUAAAUACAAUGCAUUAGCACUUCAUGGGUGGAUAUCAGAACUUUUACAAUACAAUGUCAUGAAUCGACUUCAGCCAAGAAAGUUAUUUUUCUUAAGCAAAGACUCCACCUAUAUGACAAUGUUCAAAGUUAAGUAA